CAGUCGUGUCAGCUCAGUGCUGCUGUCAAGUUUCACUUACAGUCAUCAAACAGAUCUGGAAAAAAACGAGAAGCAGAGUUGUGUGGUGCUGUGAAGUGUUGUCACCUCUCAGUCAAAGCCCCGCCAGCGGGAGCUCAGUGCGCUUGUACCCUGCCCCAGCAGCUGUGCUGCAGCACACUGCACCACAGCCCAGCCUCGAGCAGAACAGCCCAGACUGCACUGAGAGGCACCCACAGCUCUGUCUGGAGAUGAUGUGCUGAGCAGGAAACACGGAAGCUCACAAAGAAGAUAAUUUUUCUUGAAUGAGAAGGGUGAACAGGAGUGUUGUUUGUCACCUUCAGCCAGAAUGUUGUCUUCCAUCUGCCUGAACUGGGCUCUCCUGGUGCUGCUCACAGGCUCCACAGUAUCCGAAUUAAUUGUGAUAGGAGAGGUUGGUCAGAACAUCACUGUGCCCUGCCACUACACUGUCUGGAACACCAAUAGCAUCACAUCCAUGUGCUGGGGUCGGGACAGGUGCCCCAGUUCCAAGUGUUCCCAGCCCAUUAUCUGGACAGAUGGCUGGAGGGUGACAGAGCAGCACAGCAGCAGGUACCAGCUGAAAGGGGACCUGCAGAAGGGGGACGUGUCCCUGACCAUCGUGGACGCCAGGGAAGCAGACUCUGGGACCUACUGCUGCCGUGUGGAGAUCCCGGGGCUGUUCAACGAUCAGCUGAUUAAUCACAAGGUUAUGGUGAAGAAAGCAAGGAUCUCUACUGCAAGUCCUCACACUUACACCUCUGAACAGACCUCAGCUCCUGGCAGCACCAGUGAAUCCUCUGUCACUGUCACAAGGACCUGGCCAUUGGUUUCUGCUUCUGAAGCUCCUCAGACUGCCUCUGCUCCCUGCUCAGGCCCCUCAGACUGCUUGGAUGUGACUGCAAGCCUGCAGAACUCAUCUGUAUCACUUGCCAGUCAGCAGGACCCAGAACGUGGGCUGUACAUUGGAAUUGGCUCGUGUGCAGCACUUCUGCUCAUCCUGAUUUUGGCUCUGCUCCUCACUAAACAAUAUUUUUACAACACAAAGAAGAUGAGUGCUUCUGCAGGCUUUGUUGCAUUUUGGAGGCCACAAGUUGUGGGGAGCCAUAGUGCCCUGGAAGAAGAGACUCAUGCAGAGGAAAAUAUUUAUAUCAUACACUAAGGACUGGAUGCAUGGCUGUCUUUGUCAUUGAUGGGACAUUAAAUAGUUUGCAAAAUGCUGGCUGCUCCCUCUGCUCAGCAGCUGAACGUGACUGCACUACUGAAGCAUUAUUCACAUCCUAAUAAUAAAACAAAUAAAAGCUACACUUUAAAUUAAAA